CUGCAAAGAGGACCCUUUACAGUAUUUUUGGAGAAGUUACUAAAACCGAACCUGACAUCACUACCUAGUGGUGCUGCUGGUAAGUGGUUUGUUCUUAGGGUGACAGAGGAGGAAAUUGCUCCCCUUCUGAUAAGAUAACAGAGAAGAAAGAACGCAUGCUGGUUCCUGGGAAUACGGCUGAUUUCCAGAUAUGACCAUGUAUUUGUGGCUUAAACUUCUGGCAUUUGGCUUUGCAUUUCUGGACAUAAGAGAGUUCAUUGCGGGGCAAACUACACAUGUGUCCAGUACUGGGCUGAAUGGAAAAGAAAAGUCCAGUACUGCACCUCCAGAUGGCCCCUUACCUGCUCACACCACUGCAUCCUCACCCACAAGCACCUCUGAAAGAGGAAAUGACUCCUCAGAGACCACGUCUCCUCUUACCCCAGACAUUACUUCCACCGAAGUGUCCCUGAGCUCUUUGGAAAACGCUAGUAUUGCUGAUGCAACAGGUGUUCCGGAAGAGAGGACUCCACUCAGCACCUUGCUCGCAGACACAGCUUCCACACCGGUAGCCCCCCUCAGCCCUGCACACACCAGCUCUGCUGCUUCACCUUCACGCACCCCCAGCACCCCCAGCACCGCCAACUCCUCAGAUCUGAGCCUUCCCACCCCUGCAUCACCCACUCUGAGCCUUGCAGCCGGCACUCUCCUCACAGACACCCCCACAACAAUAGCUCCUACUACACCUAAGCAAUCGUGUGCUGACAAAUUCACAGAAAUCUCUGUGGACUAUGAGUAUGACUAUGAAGAUAAGUCCUAUAGAGCCAGACUGAAUGCCAAGGACAAGGUGAACUGCACAAACGCCGCAUGUGUGAACAAUGUGCUCCACAACCUGACAGAAUGCGAACAUAAGCACAUUACUAUAUACAACAACUUAUGUGCUGAACCAUACAAGAAUGUGAUGUUGGAUGUACCACCAGAUCCUAACAAAUUUCGGUUGACUAACUGUACACUGGAUGAAAAAGCAAAUACUUCUAUUUGUUUAAAGUGGGUGGAAGAGGGCUUCAGUUGUAAAAGAAGUAAAAUCACAUACAAGUUUAAAUGUGGUAAUAUGAGCACUAAUUCCUCUGAUGCCGGAAAGGUUGAAUUUGAAAACCUUCAUCCCAAAACUAAUUACAGUUGUGUUUCAGAAAUACUUUAUAACCACCAUAGAUUUAAUAGCCAAGAAAUAAUUAUUGAAACAGAUUUUGGAGUUCCAGGACAGCCCCAGAAUCUCAGGUGUAAUGAGAGCACCGCAGAGAGUGUGAUGAUCACCUGGGACCCCCCUAAAAACAUCACAGAUCAAGGAGUGAUGGUUACCUGGGACCCUCCUUUUGAUGCAUACUCUCUUUAUUAUCAGAAUUCAUCAGGUCACAUACAAUACUUCACUGUGAAGAAAGACAAAACCACAUACAAUUUGCAAUCACUGAAACCAUUUACAAAUUAUAGCGUGUCAGUACUCGCCAACAUCACCGGGAAGGUGCCCCGUGAGGGCCCUGCAGCGACGUGUAAAUUCCAAACACAAGCGGCAGCCCCAAGCAAGGUCAAGGACAUCACUGUUUGGAUGAAGUCUGAUAACAGUGUGCGCGUGACGUGUACUGCUCCCCAGUUCUUAAAUGGCCCAGAGACACUCUACAAAUUGCAAGUCAAAAUUGGAGAGCAUGCGGUUCACAACGACACAAAAAAGGAGUGCAAAUUCUUUGUGAAAAAUCUUCAGUAUUUAACAAAAUAUAGGUUUGAGGUCCUUUUUAACAAUGGGAAGUUUUCUGGGCCUCCAGAUGGCGUUUUUCAAUCAACAUCUUAUAAUUCUAAAGCACUGAUCAUAUUCCUGGUGUUUCUGAUUAUCGUGACAUCAAUAGCCCUGCUGGUUGUCCUCUAUAAAAUCUAUGACCUGCACAAAAAAAGAUCCAGUACUAUGUUUAAAGAUGAUGAGAAGCAACUGAUGACUGUGGAGCCGAUCCACGCAGACAAUUUGUUGGAAACUUACAAGAGGAAAAUUGCUGAUGAAGGAAGACUUUUUCUGGCUGAAUUUCAGAGCAUUCCACGAGUGUUCAGCAAGUUUGCUAUCAAGGAUGCUCGGAAGAGCUUUAACCAGAACAAGAACCGUUAUGUCGACAUUCUGCCUUAUGAUUAUAACCGUGUUGAACUCUCUGAUGUGAAUGGAGAUGCAGGGUCAAACUAUAUAAAUGCCAGCUAUAUUGAUGGUUUCAAAGAACCCAGGAAAUACAUUGCUGCACAAGGUCCCAGGGACGAAACUGUUGAUGAUUUUUGGAGGAUGAUCUGGGAACAGAAAGCCACAGUUAUUGUCAUGGUCACUCGAUGUGAAGAAGGAAACAGGAACAAGUGUGCGGAGUACUGGCCAUCAGUGGAGCAGGGCACCCGGGCUUUUGGAGACAUUAUUGUGAAGGUCACUGAGUACAAAAGAUGUCCAGAUUAUAUCAUUCAGAAGCUGAACAUCACAAACAAAAGAGAAAAGGCCACGGGAAGGGAGGUGACUCACGUCCAGUUCACCAGCUGGCCGGACCACGGGGUGCCCGAGGACCCGCACCUGCUCCUCAAGCUGCGGAGGCGAGUGAACGCUUUCAGCAACUUCUUCAGCGGCCCCGUCGUGGUGCACUGCAGUGCUGGUGUCGGACGCACAGGCACCUACAUUGGGAUCGACGCCAUGCUCGAAGGCCUGGAGGCGGAGAACAAAGUGGACGUCUACGGCUACGUGGUCAAGCUCCGGAGACAAAGAUGCCUGAUGGUUCAGGUGGAGGCACAGUACAUCCUGAUUCAUCAGGCCUUGGUGGAAUACAACCAGUUUGGGGAAACAGAAGUGAACUUGUCUGAAUUACAUCCAUAUCUACAUAACAUAAAGAAAAGAGAUCCACCCAGUGAGCCGUCUCCACUAGAGGCUGAAUUCCAGAGACUUCCCUCCUAUAGGAGCUGGAGGACACAGCACAUUGGGAAUCAAGAGGAAAAUAGAAGGAAAAACAGGAAUUCUCACAUCAUUCCAUAUGACUUUAACAGAGUGCCGCUCAAACACGAGCUGGAAGUGAGCAAAGAGAGUGAGCAGGCUUCCGACGAAUCUUCCGACGAAGACAGUGACUCCGAGGAGACAAGCAGAUACAUCAACGCGUCUUUCAUAAUGAGUUACUGGAAACCCCAAUUGAUGAUUGCUGCUCAGGGGCCACUGAAGGGGACCAUCGGUGACUUCUGGCAGUUGGUAUUCCAAAGGAAAGUCGAAGUCAUUGUCAUGCUGACAGAGCUACAGAAUGGAGACCAGGAAGCUUGUGCCCAGUACUGGGGAGAAGAGAAACAGACGUUCGGAGACAUAGAGGUGGACAUGACGGACGCCAGGAAAUCUUCAGCCUACACCCUCCGGGUAUUUGAACUGAGACAUUCCAAGAGGAAAGAUCUUCGAACUGUGCACCAGUACCAAUAUCAUAACUGGAGUGGGGAAGAGCUUCCUGCAGAACCCAAAGAAUUAAUCUCCAUGAUUCAGACGCUCAAGCAAAAGCUUCCCAAGAAGAACCCCACCGAAAGGAAUAAGCAUCACAAGAGUGCGUCUCUCCUCAUCCACUGCAGAGAUGGGUCUCAGCAAACAGGAGUGUUCUGUGCUUUGCUAAAUCUCUUGGAAAGUGCAGAAACAGAAGAGGUGAUAGAUGUUUUCCAAGUAGUAAAAUCUAUACGCAAAGCUAGGCCGGGGAUGGUUCCCACAUUUGAGCAAUACCAGUUCCUAUAUGACAUCAUUGUGAGCACCUAUCCAGCCCAGAAUGGACAAGUGAAGAAAAACAAUUCAGAAGAUAAGAUUGAAUUUGAUCAUGAAUUGGACAGAGCCAAACAGGAUGCUAACUGCAUCUGUCCGCCCGGAGCCCAGCAGGCCGACGGGGGCAGCGGAGAGGGCGAAGGGCCCAAACCCACGAGCGGCCACGAGGGGCCAGAACACGCCGCCAAUGGCCCAGCGAGCCCAGCUCCAACUCAAAGCGCGUAGGAGACACAGACGGGACAGCUCAAAACCGCACGUUAGCUGUUGUUUCUAUUUUUCUAAGAGCAGGAUAGAUAACUGGAUUAAUGAAGCGCACUGGACCAAUAUUUGUGGGAGCUUCUAUGUUAACUACUGUAGAAAAAUAUUUAAGACAGUCAAGCGAAAAUGUUUUGUACAGUCUUAUGCUUACUUUAAAAUUUCAUCUACUGUUCAGUAGAGUAACUUCUUUGUAGUCUGUGCAUGUGUGUGUGUGUGUGUGUGUUGUGUGUGUGUGAGAGAGAGAGAGAGAGAGACAGAGAGAAAAGAUGCUUUCAGGUGAAUCUAAAUGCUCUUGAAAACUUUGCCUUUUUAUUUUUUUGAAGAAAAAACACAUUUUAUAGUGGAAGUAUUAGCUUAGCUUAAAGGCUCUAUUUUUUAAAUCAUAAGUCCUGUGUGGCUCUAAGAACAGCAUGUGCAUUUCCUAGAAUGACCUCAAGGUGUCGUCCGUGUUCUAUUCAUAAAUAUCCUGUAGCUUUUAGGACUUCUGCAAAUAGACGUAGUGGCAUGUGUGUGUAUGGUGACCAGACAGUUAGCUAAAUUAGCAUUUGGAAACCUUAUAUUCCAUAUGUUAGCAUAUAGUCCAGUAUCUUUUCAAGCUUAUUUAAUCUAAUUUAAAAUUUUCGAGUGAGCCUAUCUUGUUACAGUCACAUGGUAUUUACAAUUUUGCAGCAUGUACCAUUCUCUGUAUAAUAUGUGAAAUUCAUUGCUUGAUACUUCUGACCAAAACUUACACUUGUUAUAGUUGAACUUAAAUAAACAUCUUUAAACAAAUGCAACAUAUAUUACUAUCUUUAGGAUAAAAAUGGGGUCAUGCAAAUGUGUUUCUGCUAAAUAUUUACAUAUGGAACCUAACAGUGCUAUUUUUAUGGAAUACAACAUUGAUAUGGAAAGAAUAAUACCGCAUAUGUGUAUUUUCCAUGGCAAAGCUCACCCUUGAAUUUAUCAAAUACUUAGACUGCUUUUACCAGGAAUUAUAUCAAUAAUCAUAAUAAAAUUUGAUCACCUUUUCUUACACAUAAUAUAUUAAAUGUGUUACAUGUUUGUAUAUGAAUUGUGUAAGCACAAAUUAAAAUAAAUGCUUAAUGCAAUUGACAUUUGUAGGAAAAUUUCACAGGUCUCAAUUUAAAAAAAGAAAUCUAUAGUUUAAUAAUUGUUUAGAAUAUACAAAAAAAGAAAAAUGGUUAUUUUCCAAAAAGUAUUAAGCAAACUCAUUCCAGUGAAUUCUGCAUUAGCUUAUUAAAUAUAAUAACAUUACAUACUACCUUUUCAUUCUCUUUGUCUUCGCUCUCCUGAUCUUAAAUAACUAGACAGCAUCAAAUGCUUUCCAUUAUUCAACUCGUAUUUAUCUUGCGUUCAUCCUCCUCUUUUAUUUUACACAGGAAGUUAAUAAUUAAUUCUUGAUUAUUGUGUAGCAUUUUGUCAUUAAUGUAUGAAAAGGAGUGGAUUUUAGAAGGAAGCAAGAGUUUCUAAUUUACAUUAGGUUUACUUAAUAUCUGUACUUAUUAAUGAGCAAAGGGGAUUGGGAAUCAUCAAUUAUGGGCAGUGGAAAGUUUGCGUAUCCUUUUCUCAUUAGUCCCUGAGGUUUUAGUGCCUGAGUCUGUCCAGUUGGAACCUGAUCAGUCACCAUUUACUAGACACUUGUUAAAAUUUACAGUUCUCAUGUUCAGGAGACUAGUGUGGUUAUGUGUCUAUUUUAUCUGUGAGCUGCUUCAAAAUACAAGCACUAAAAUUCUAAGUUUAAAAAAUUCUACAAGUCAAGUGUUUUUUCUCAGAGGUUCCAGCAGCGAGUGACAUUUCCAAAUGUAGGUGUUGUGUGUUUUAAAUGUGUAUUAUGUACUAGAGUCUAUCCUCUCAAAACAAAUACUUAGAAAAUAAAACUAUGGUAAUUUCUAUUAGUUGAAGAAGCAAGCCGAAACAGUUUUUUCCUUCUGCAAAUGAGGAACAGUAAAGGGAGAGACAGGGCAGUGGGGCCGGCAGGCCCAUCGCUCCUGAGGAUACGUAUCGACUAGAAGGUGGGGCCUGCACACUAACGCAGGGGAUCAGAGGUCUAUACCUCUUAUGUUAAAAAAGAAAAUAAUAUGGAAUUAUAGACCUACGCCUGUGACUGUGUGUUGCAUGCCUAGGGAAUCUGCCAUGAGAUGCCUGGCAUUUAUUUCCUAGUUUGGCACUGUCAUUAGUAAUUCUAAGACCUAGUCAGAAAAAUUAUGCAAAAAGUUUUAAGUUUUAGAGGUAAGGCUCUGGGUACCAUUGUGUAUAUAUUGGACAGAAAGAAACUAUGUUAUGUUUCUUCUGAUGUUUGUUCAUUUCUAAUAAUUCCAGAAUUCAUUGGGAAUAAAGUAUGCAUUCAGUAUUCUUAAAA